AUGCAUUUCUGGCAGUCUUCAUUGAUGACAAGGCUAAGGGAAUUUGUGUUAGAAGCAUUCCAAAAAAGUUCACCCCCUUAUAAAAUGGCUUGCAACCCAUCGCAACAACCGAUAAAGUUUAAUGUUGAUGAUCUUCACAGGGUUAUGGACUUGAAGGAUAACAUCUGUAACAUGUCUGUUGCUGGACAACUUGGACAUGGAAAAUCCACUUUGAUUGAUUCCCUUGCGACUGCUGCGGGCAUCAUCCCAUGUGAUGAUGAUGUCCACAUGACCUACACCCGUGAGGACGAGGCACAACGUGGUAUGACCAUCAAGUCAUCCGGGAUUUCCCUCUACUAUAAAAUGACCGAUGUAGCCCUUGAAGCAUUCAAGGGAGAACGCAACGGAAAUGAGUACCUCAUCAAUCUCAUUGACUCACCCGGGCACGUUGACUUUUCAUCCGAAGUCACCGCCGCCCUCUGUAUCACCGAUGGCGCUCUUGUCGUUGUCGACUGUAUCGAUGGCGUUUGCAUCCAAACAAGACACGCCCUUCGCCUGGCACUCGGUGAAAGAAUCCCACCUGUAUUGGCCCUCAACAAAAUGGAUCGUUGUUUCCUUGAACUGAAAGUUGAUGGUGAAGAAGCGUAUCAAACUUUCUUAAGAGUCAUUGAAAACUACAAUGACGACAUGAAGCCCUUUGAGGAUCCGGUUUUAGGUGAUGUCAAGGCGUGCCCCACGAAAGGUAACGUCGUGUUUUCAUCGGGGCUCCACGGCUGGGGAUUUACAUUGUCAAAUAUCGCAAAAAUAUACGGGUCUAUAUCCGGUGUCGAUGAGUCAACGUGGAUGAGAAAACUUUGGGGUGAGAACUAUUAUGACUCGAAAACCAAAGCGUGGACCACAAAGAGUACAGGCUCCGCAACCUGCACACGUAGGUUUGUUAAGUUCUGUUAUGAACCCAUUAAGCAGGUAAUUGAGGCAUGUAUGAAUGACCAGAAGGAUCAAUUACGGGGCAUGCUAACUCAAAUCGGUGUCACGAUGAAUAAUGAAGAAGAGGAGUUGAUGGGUGAGGCAUUGAUGAAAUGCAUCAUGCAGAAAUGGCUUCCGAUUGCUACUCCUUUACUUGAAAUGAUGAUAUUUCAUUUUCCUUCACCCCAGACUGCUCAAAGAUACCGGGUUGAAAAUCUAUAUAAAGGCCCUUUGGAUGAUCCGUAUGCUACUGCUAUAAGAAACUGUGAUCCCGAUGGCCCUCUCAUGCUCUAUGUAUCCAAAAUGAUUCCUACAUCCGAUGACAAGAGUCGGUUUUGUUAG